CAAGAUGAUGCUACCGUCUUUCCGUACAUUGGUUACGUUUCAAGUAGUGUUUAUAUCUUUAGCCUCGGCACAAUUCUUUACCCAGCUACGCUUUCAGAAGUGGUUCGAAUUCCACAACGCUGCGCCUAAUAUAUCCAACUCAGCAUGCUCCCACACUUUGUCACUAUAUGAAGAAGGUGCCCGCAUCUUCCCACACGCAGAGUCAACUCAAGUACUUUGCUUAAAUCAUAUGGAAUGCAUCUUGGAUACCAUGGGUUCUUCUACGCAGAAUAUGUUUGGCAGUGCUUUAGUUCUUCUUGGUCUCACACCAGCUAUACUUGCGGGAGUAGGAUUCACGGUUGGAGAAAUCGCGUAUAUUGCAGUCCAUCGCCCAGGUUUAUCAUUCUUGCUAAGCAUGGGGUCACCGGUGAUAUUUUCGGGACGUGUGCUGUCUUACAGCGACCCGGAACAGGCCUGGCAAAAUACUGGCUCGUCGAAACUUGUUCUCAAUGGCAUGAACCCUCGAUUUGGUGUGGUCAUAUCAGUUUUGCAAUAUAUCCUCGCGACAGGCUCCGUGGCAAACAUCUUCACACUCGUUGUUGAAAUCAGUACGCGAUCUAUUUCCACAUUCGAUUGCAUUGAUUACUACAAACCGAUAGUGUGGGCUAUUGUUCCGAUAUUUAUACAUCUCAUAGCGACUGUCCCAUACUUGAUGGGAGGGAAACGCUCAGGCAACCUGUACGCAUCUCCAUGGCCACAAUCCGACCUAGGCACGCAUGUUCAAGUUGCUCUGCUAGGAUCUCGAAAGAAAAACUCUUCCCACCUGAACAAGAGUUCUCUUCAGAAUCCUGUUUCGCAAUCCACUUGCGCCCGCUUUCUUUGGAGGACGAAAAGAUAUAUUAUCGAGGAAAUGACCAUUUGCGCUUGUCGACCACCUGUGUCGCUUUCUUCUAUCACUAAGGUGCCGCUUUGGUGUGUGGGCUUCAACACCACGGCAAGUCUUAUCGGUCUUGUCCACAUAAUCUUCGGGACUAUUGUAUUAUCUUCUGUUUACUUUAUUCGAGUUGAGAUUGCCGUAUAUUGCAUAGUUAGGUUCAUUAUAUCUGCAGUAAUCUGUCGGUUGAUAUUGAUCGUAGAGUUUGCUGGCAUGCGGGGAGAUACGAAAUAGACAAAUGAAAUAAAAUGACAUAAAUUGUGCCCAUUGCUUCGGACAGCGGAAAGGCAAUAGUACGACGCGGGCCUCUGAAAGCGGGCGUGUAAUAGCUCUUUCACAGGAGCAGAGAAUAGAAAGAAUGAAAGGGAGAAGUAUGGGCAACAGAGAAGGAAAUGGAAAGAAGGUGGGAGAGGGACAUGGCCGCCGCCUUUCAAGAGAGGGGG